GUGGCCUCGGGGAGUGGGGGGGCAGUGGCCAGUCACCAGCUGAGAUUUGACAAGUGCCUUUCAUGUCUUCACAGCUGUUUGCAGACAAGGUCCCGAAGACAGCAGAAAAUUUCCGUGCUCUGAGCACUGGUGAGAAGGGAUUCGGCUACAAGGGGUCCUGCUUCCACAGAAUCAUUCCUGGGUUCAUGUGCCAGGGUGGUGACUUCACACGCCACAAUGGCACUGGAGGCAAAUCCAUCUAUGGGGAGAAGUUCCCAGAUGAGAACUUCAUCCUGAAGCACACGGGCCCUGGUAUCCUGUCAAUGGCCAAUGCUGGCCCCAACACGAAUGGCUCCCAGUUCUUCAUCUGCACUGCCAAGACCGAGUGGUUGGAUGGCAAGCAUGUCGUCUUUGGCCGCGUCAAGGAGGGGAUGAAUGUGGUGGAGGCCAUGGAGCGCUGUGGCUCCAAAGACGGCAAAACAAGCAAGAAGAUCACCAUCACUGACUGCGGGCAGCUCUCGUAAACUCUCCUCUCACCAACUAACCAAUCCUUGGGCAGCCCAGGCACCACACCCCGCUGCAGCUCACCUGUUCCUUCUCCAGUCCUGAUGUACUGCUGCGUUUCUACUGGGUCACUGGUCCCGCUGGGCCACAGUUACCUUCGAGUCUAAAUAAAACGAGUUAAACUACA